AUGAACAGGAAGAAGCUGCAGAAGGUCGCGGAGUCGCUGUGCAGGACCGCGAAGCACUUCAAUAAAAUUGAAGUGGAAUGUCUCAUAAAGCUGUUCCACACCCUGGUGGUUGAACCCAGUGAUCGGCAUGCCACCAUUGGCUUAGAUCGUAACACGUUCAGAAACAUUCUGCAUGUCACAUUUGGGAUGACAGAUGACAUGAUUAUGGACCGAGUGUUCCGUGCUUUUGACACAGACAAUGACAGCUGUGUCAGUGUAACAGAAUGGGUGGAAGGUUUAUCAAUAUUUCUUCGCGGGACAUUAGAAGAAAAGAUGAAAUAUUGUUUUGAAGUCUAUGAUCUGAAUGGUGAUGGAUACAUUUCAAGAGAGGAAAUGUUUCAUAUGCUGAAGAAUAGCCUGCUAAAACAACCAUCAGAAGAAGAUCCUGAUGAGGGAAUUAAGGACUUGGUAGAAAUAACACUGAAGAAAAUGGACUAUGAUCAUGAUGGCAAGCUCUCUUACACAGAUUUUGAAAAAGCUGUAAGAGAUGAAAAUCUUCUCUUGGAAGCAUUUGGACCAUGUUUGCCAGACCUCAAGAGCAGCAUGGCAUUUGAAAUGCAGGCAUUCCGAGAAACUGGUGAUAUGUAGCUCUGCAACUGGAAAACUGCUGCAA